CACACAUGAGAGGGAAGAUACCUUCCUUGUUCCUUCCACACCCUUUGAAUGAUUCACAGAAGAAGUAAGCAAUAACUUGAGAUAUUCUUGCAUUGUCUACCAUUUCCAAACCACACAAACAUGAAAAUGCCUCCUUUUCUUCCUCGUUCAUUCUUCUUCUUCUGUUGCUUUCUCCUCCUCCCACUUUUGCUCUUGCUCAUGCUCUUGGUUGCACCCUCAUCUUCAUCUUCAUCUUCAAAUGACAAUAAUAAUAAGGUAACCGUGUCACUCUACUACGAAAGUUUGUGUCCCUAUUGUGCUGAUUUCAUAGUGAACCAUCUCGUGACCCUCUUCCAAACGGAUCUCAUCUCCAUUGUCAACCUCAGAAUGGUUCCUUGGGGCAAUGCUUGGAUUGCACCUGAUGGCACUGUCUUUUGUCAGCAUGGAGACGAUGAAUGCUUUCUAAACACGAUCGAGGCCUGCGCUAUUGCAAUCUAUCCUGAUGUGGUACAACAUUUCAAAUUUAUACGGUGUUUGGAGCGUCUAACCUUAGAGGGGAGACAUAGCCAAUGGGUUAACUGCUUCCAAAUGACUGGGUUGGGCACAUCACCUAUUAACUGCUAUACUAGUGGCAAUGGAAAAACUAUUGACCAAAAAUUUGCAAAGGAAACUUCUCAGCUUAAUCCUCCCCACAGAUUUGUUCCAUGGGUGGUUGUCAACAACCAAGCACUCCAAGAGGACUACAGAAAUUUUGUGGCCUAUAUUUGUAGGGCUUACAAAGGCAAUGUGAUACCAAAUGCUUGUAGAUCACAACUUUCCACAAAAACUUAUGACUCAAAGGAAAACGUUAAUUCCUUUCAACCUGUUUGCUAUGUAGAUGAAACAAGAAAUCUGACCUUACCAUUGGUCACCGGAUUAAGAAGUAAAUCCCCAAGAAAUUGAUGAAGUUAGAAUAUAGUAUUUGAAUAGAGUGAUUCAUGAUUUAUAACUCCAUUUUAAUUCUCUCUCCCUUAAUCGUGUUAACGGUUGCUGUAAACUCUCAUAUGAUGAUGCAUCAUCACCUUAUAUAAA